ACUGGUAUACGUAUAUCAGUAUGACUGCCAGGAGUGCGUAUAGAGGAACCACGCAGGAUAUCUGCGCGCAUAGCUAUGCACGGUUCUCUCGCCGAAACUAGUUCUGGAUAUUGUAACUCUGUUUCUUCCCAUUUCCGUCCAAUUCUUCCCGGAUAUCCGCUGAAUUGCAUGCAAGCAAAUAUUUUGUUUAUCUCGGUACGCGAAGUUGGGAAAAACCACCGAGGGAGAGUCCCUUGUCAGUGUCUCCACCCGCUGCGAUAUUUCGUAGCUUUAAGUCUUUCGUGAAGAAAACUUCUUAGUAUUUAGUUCUUGUGGAUUUAAACUUCAUUGUUCUGGGCAGCAUUCUCAAGUUCUCUUUGGAGCUCACUGGAUGAAUCUAGCAAUAGCUCAGCUCUCCUAGUUACGUUAGAGUUUUCAGGAGCAUUAGAAUAAUCAGUGCCAACAAUGCUCUCACAUUUAAAGGUAUCACUGGUCAUUUGCACCUGGCUUUGUAAUGCUGCAGUGUCUACUGUAGAGCAUUCGCCGCCUGACAUUAAGUCUCUCAACCCUUUUGAAUCAACUGGAGGCAGCGGUGUCAUUUCAACUGCAGUGUCAUCAGAAUCAGACAUCCCGGUGACAGAGUUCCCAGGUUAUGGAAAAUAUUUCUACCAAACAGGGGUAGCCCAAGAGAAUGAGAACCUUCAGAACCUAAAGAAUUGUUCCAAAGUACCUGUUGUUACCUCCGCCCCUGUCUUGAGGUGCCCAGAUGUUUCGUCAUUUAGCCGAUAUCUCAUUCAGGGUGACAAUGAUACUCUGGAAGUUGAAAUAGAGUGGGUUGGAGGCGUCUUUUAUUUACCACGGGAGCCUGUACAUGUUCAGCUUAAGUCUCUCAAGAUAAGUGAAGCCAACAUAACCUCGUUCAACAUUUCAUCUGAAACCCAGAUUUUACAGUCUCUGGGAAAGCUGGAUCUGAGUGGCAAUCCUGACUUCGAUGCUCAGUCUCUCGUUAACUUGGGGACAUUUGAGUCCCUCACCAACCUGUCCAUGAGAGGCUCUGCUCUCAAGACAUUAGAUGGCCAAUUACCGUAUCUUCUGCAACACUUCCCUAGACUGGAGUAUCUGGAUUUGUCUCUUUGCGAGAUAGGUCACAGCAAUAGUUCGGCUAAUUUCACUCCUAAUACGGUUUUACCGUCCCUGAGACACCUUGACCUUAGUGGCAAUCCUGACUUCAACGCUCAGGUUCUUGUUGGUCUGGGAAAGAUGGAUUCGGUCACACAUCUUUCCAUGAGUGGCUCUGCCAUUAAAACACUGCAUGACCAACUACCAAACCUACUACAAAACUUACCAAAACUGGAGGACCUGGAUUUGUCUUAUUGUGGACUAAGGCAUCAUGAUGAUCCGGAUAUUUUCUCAUCCAAAACGAUGGUGCGUUCUUUGAAGGCGCUGCAUCUGAACGGAAAUCCGGACUUCAACGCUCAAGUUCUCGUUAAACUCGGAAGACUCGAGUCGUUGACUCUGCUCUCCAUGAGUGGCACUGCUGUCAAAACGCUAGAUGCAGAACUUCCAAGUCUAUUGCAAAAUCUACCAAAACUCCAACAUUUGGAUGUGUCCGCCACUGGAAUAAGCUACCUCGUCGACCCCGAGAUUUUCACUUCCAAUACGGAGCUGACGUACCUGAAUGUUGCUAACAACGACAAACUGAGCUUCGUCACCUUCCAUAUAGAUGUCAUCCACAGCCUGAUUCAUCUGAACCUGUCAAACUGUAUCCUAAGAGGUAUCAAAGUGCACGAGGAAUCAGUGGCGUGUAGCCACCUGCCUCAUUAUUUGGAGAUGGGUUCCGGGAAAAUUGAAGUCCUGGACCUCUCCAAUAAUCGCCUGAAGGAAGUUCCUCCUACACUUCUCUCCGCUCUGUGUAAUGACUCCUUUGCCUUCUAUAUAUCAGGAAAUGAUUUGGGAGAAGCCAGUGAAAACUGCCAGACUUAUCACCUGUCACACUUCCUCGACUCGCAUCCUGAAGGUGCCUCCAAUGUAAAAGUGAUCAUCGGGAGGGAGGAGCUGGAUUUCAGAGAGAAAGACGCCUUGCUCAACUGCCAGUGGAAUUCCUGCCCCGUCGGAUGCCAGUGCGAGAGCAAGAAGAAGAUCGUCGACUGCAGAAAUGUAGGUCUCAAAAGUGUACCCAAGGUGGCGCCCUCUUCCGCCAAGGUUCUCCUUUUACAAAACAACAGCCUGAUGACCCUUGAAGGAAUCGAAUCCCCUGCCUGGUGUAACCUCCAAGUUCUCGACGCGGGUUACAAUAACCUCUCUCAAAUUUUUCCUAAACGUGGAAUGCACGGGAACUGCGCGUGUGCACCAGGGGAAUCUCAGAGCAUUAAACAGAGGACCUGUUUCCCUCAGAAUUUGGAGAAACUGAUCUUGAACAACAACAUCUUGAGAAACCACACAGAUCAUCAUGGCUGCUCACUCUUUUCACCUCUGCAUGGGCUCGACCUCUCAGGAAAUCAGAUCAAAAGUUUGGUACCAAUAUGUGACGGAUUCCUGGAACAUCUUAAAACCCUAAACGUCACAGACAAUGAGAUCGCAAUCAUUUCAGAUGACAGCAUCUCUCAUUAUCCUUCUCUCGAAACACUGGUUAUCUCUAACGGAACCACAACACACCUGAGUAAACAUCCCAAAAGAGUCAUUAUUUCUUAUAAUACUGGAGCAAGCCCCAACACAACCACCGCCAGCCCUAGUACCAACUCUUCCACCAGCACGACUUCCUCCCCCACAGAAAACACCGCAGACGGGAACAAGAAGCCGGCAAGUGUAGUAAUCAUGGGAUUGGUGGCAGUUGUGCUUAUCCUCGUCAUUUGUGCACUUUCUUGUUACACCGUUUGUUGGGCAAAUCAAUGUGGAUGGAUCAAUAAGUGUUUUAGAUUAAACAACACUGUCACCAACCGGAAGAAGUACGACUGCUUCGUCGUUUGUUCUUCUCGAGACUUCAGGGAAGUAAGAGAGAUGCUGAUAAUUCCUCUGACUCAGAGAGGAUAUUCGAUCGCUUGGCACGACAACGCUUUUGUUCCCGGAGACUGGAUUAUGCAAAACGUCGAGAGAGCUGUGCAGAAUUCCUCCCGGAUGCUGGUUUUUGGCACUAAGAACUUGGUUAGCAGCAGGUGGGGUUUGCACGAAAUUAGAAGAGGCCGCCAUGAAGAGUUUGUCAACAAUGAUUUUAAGAUCAUGGCCUUAGUGACCAAGACGCUGCCGAAGAAGCUGAACAGAGAUCUUUACGAAAUCAUUUGUCUCCGAACCCACAUCAAACUUACUGAUAGGGAUUACAUCGAACAGAUAUGUCGAUUUCUACCUCCCCAGGAGCCAGUCAAUGAUGGCGACCUUCGACCUGACGGGUUGCAUAUGACGAUCAAUGAUAUCAGUGACCUCCUGCAGAGAUACGAGGAAAUAAUGCGAAUAGAGAGACAGACGUCGACUGUUCGACUGGCAGAGCUCUUCCAUACUCAUCGUGAAAGGGACAAAGUCUCGAUUCGAGUUGACAUUGCAACCUCUUUUUCGUCGCACGUUUGUGAUGAUAAGACUAAAUGUCCCACUUGCCAAAACGAGCGUUCAGCCAUGGUUCAGAGAUUUAAAGGGAGCAGUUAUUCUCAUUCUUCGUCCACGCUUAACAUUCUGGACACCAAUAGUCUUAAUGAAUAUGUCUUAGACGGCGAUACCGGUGAGGACAUAACCGAUAUAUUAAAUGAAGACAGCUUUUGCAAAAGUUGGAAAAGGACAACUGUGUGAUGCUGCAGGCUGCUGAAAAACCGAAAAAUGGUACGAUGCCGUGGUCGGAGUUGAUGAGAGGGUCCUAUUAAUGGAAAACUAGUUGUCUUUAGAGUCAAAAGAAAGCAACACUUAGAUACUCUUGUAUAUUAAUCUUAAGCAUGUGAUCUGCAAUGGGCAAUAUAAAGGUGGUAAGAUCAUGGUGUCGUUUAUAAAGGGUGUCCGUAAAGUCACAGUACCAUUAGAAACAAUAAAUACUUGAAAUGUUACUGGGACUUUAUGGACGCCCUGUAUAACUGUUAUUACUAUUGUUUGAUAACAUUAAUGGGACGGGAAGUUGUAAGAGCUGUUGUUUUCACGUGAUCUUGCUGAGCCAUAUCAUGUAUGUAUCGUGUUUAUUUUAAAGCAAUUGCAUUUUAAUUGAAACUGUGAUGAAAAAUAAACAGUGGUCUGUACUUUC